CAUUAUAAGAUGGGAACAAGAGCUCCUGCACAAGUGCACGUCCCACGUUCCUCCUCCAGAACCAAUCAUUCCUUUGUAUGAAGUCGGCGGCUCAGUUUAACACACAGGCUCCGGCACACCCCGAGACAAAAAAAGCGGCAGGACGGGAAAGUGAGGGACGAAAGGCACAACAUUUGAUGACUAUUGUUGACUAAAGGUUGAAGAGGUGCAUCUUAGGUGGCAAGAAUGAAGGCGCUUCCGAAGAAUCAGGGACGCACUGACCAGAUGUUGGGAGCCAUGGCUGACAUGCUUACUUCUGUGGCAAUGCCCAAUCAACAGCGGCUCGUGGAGGGUGGUGAGGCGGACCUCCCAUCAAGCGAAGAGGAAAGGGGGCCAGUCCAGGGCCGGUGGGAGCCCGAGGGACAGGACUGGGAACAGGCCAGAGAAGGAACAGACUCGUAUUCGGCAGCAGGCAGCGAGGGUAGCAUCUCUACCUCUGUGGCGUCCCUGCCUCCGCUGGCUUCCAGCAGCUCGGCCCCCAGCUCCCCUGGGUCCAAGCGCUCUGUAAGCACCCUUAAGAAAUGGCUCACAACCCCUGUUCGCAAGCUCAGUGCCGGGUCCACGGCCAAAGGGGAGCGUCAGAUUCGCAAACUGGAGGGAAAGCCUCCUCCUCUUCCGUCUCACAGUCAAAGCCAGGAUCUGGGCAGCUCCCUGAGGCCUGAUGAGCCUCUCACCAUCCUGCCUGUCACACAUACAGAACUGCAGGAGUGGAAAGACGGCCUGGCUAGCCCUGAGGAUCUGUCGCCGGCGACACUCCAGUCCCCCGCUUACAUAACCGACUCACUGAUUGGCUGCACAUCGGUGCCUCACACGCAGGACACUCUGGACAGUCAGUCUACCUCUGUUGUACCAGAUGACAGCGGCUCUAUCCUGAUGGACGACACCUCCAGUCAAUGGUCUUCAGCGGCUGACACUGAGGAGGAACGGAGGAGUGCUCUGGAGAAAAGCUUGUAUGUACUGAAGGAGCUCAUUGAGACAGAGAAGCAUUAUGUAGCAGACCUGGGCCUCAUAGUGGAGGGCUACAUGGCCACUAUGAACGCUAAAGGCAUACCGGAGGACAUGAAGGGAAAGGACAAGAUUGUUUUUGGGAACAUUCACCAAAUAUUUGACUGGCAUAAAGACUACUUCCUGGGAGAGCUGGAGAAGUGUGUGGCAGAGCCAGAGCGACUGGGUCAGCUCUUCAUUAAACAUGAGAGGCGUCUGCAUAUGUAUGUGGUGUACUGCCAAAACAAACCCAAGUCAGAGCACAUUGUGUCAGAGUACAUCGAAACUUACUUUGAGGAGUUGCGUCAGCAACUGGGUCACAGGCUGCAGCUCAAUGACCUGCUCAUCAAACCUGUCCAGAGGAUCAUGAAGUAUCAGCUGCUGCUUAAGGACUUCCUGAAGUAUUACACUAAAGCUGGGAUGGACACAGAGGAGUUGGAGAAAGCAGUAGAAGUGAUGUGCUUCGUGCCAAAACGUUGCAAUGACAUGAUGAAUGUGGGCCGACUUCAAGGCUUCGAGGGGAAGAUCACAGCCCAGGGGAAGCUGCUCCAGCAGGACACCUUCACCAUUACCGAGCAGGACAGUGGCUUCCUGUCCCGAGCCAAGGAAAGAAGGGUCUUCCUGUUUGAGCAGCUGGUCAUCUUCAGUGAGCCCAUUGAUAAGAAGAAGGGCUUCUCACUCCCUGGGUACAUCUUUAAGAGCAGUAUCAAGGUGAGCUGCCUAGGGGUUGAGCCUGCUGUGGAAGGUGAUGACGCACGCUUCGUGUUGACAUCGCGCAAUCCCGAUGGGAGUUUAGUGCGCUUCCAGUUGCUGGGCUCCUCGCCGGAGACGUGCAGAGCCUGGGUCAACGACUUGGUUCAGAUCUUAGAGACACAGCGCAACUUCCUCAACGCCUUGCAGUCACCUAUUGAGUACCAACGGCGAGAAAGCAAGUCCAACAGUUUGGGUCGCUGCAUGAGACCCCCCGUGUCCACCGCCGGUGCCCUGAGGCCCCACUCCUCAGCGUCCAUUGACCGCCACAGGCUGCCUUCCCUCCAUUCGCAUAACACGUCCCUGCCCGCCCUUCAUCUGCCCAGCCAAGGCCCAGCUCGAGGACCCAGUGAGACUUACUUACUGCAGAAUCCUGUUCUGGUCCAGCCAUGUCCUCCUGACUCCAUUUCUCCAUCACACGUUCAGCUGAGCUUGUCAGAUCCGUCCAGCUGUCCCGCCGUUUCAAAUGGGCUGUACACACUGUCUACACAAACUACACAGAGAGCAGGCGAUGGCUGCCGCAGGGGUCAAGUGGCGGAUUCUGGAAGCCAGGUUCCAUUUUCGGGUCCCUCAGCUGGACGACGCCCGAGCAACCUGGCCCAGCUUGCUGAAGAUGACCUAUGAACUCUAAAUGGUCUUGUGAGCCUGAGGGACAGCAUGAAGACCAGAAGUCUGUUGCUCCAGAACUUACAACUCGUUCAGGAAUAUGAAGGAACCUAUGAAAGAACUUUAGGCAGCACCUGUAAAAUUACUCUUUUUGAAAAAAAAAAAAAAAAAAAAAAGGUGAAGUGACAA